UAAAAAUUUUGGUCUCAGGAGGAAGUUGGUUAAAACCCGCGCGGCGCUCUACGUCACCUGUGCCUGAUUGUAAAUAAUGAACAACACACCCGCAAAUUUCCGAACCGUCAUGUCUGCGUCUAAAUUCACCUUGCUGUGUAAUGCGCACACCUGCCGGUCAAAGCUGAGCGGGUUCGCGUGGGUCACGGCCUGCUCUCACGUCUUCUGCGAUCAACACGGUGCGGAAGAAUUCAGCCGCACCCCUGCCAUCUGCCCCGCCUGCUCCUCCAUGCUCUCGGGCAAACUGGACGUACUCAGAACCGAGCUGGCACCAUCAGAGCAAUACAAGGCUAUGGUUCUGGUCGGAUUACAGCCUGAAACUGUUCUGGAAAUCUGUCAUAAAGCGCUAGACUUUUGGAGCUACCAGGUUAACCAGGAGAGGUUGCUGAUGGAGUACAGUUUGUCCAGGGCUGGAGGACAAGUGCUUCAGAUGGAGAAGUUUAUGAUCCAGCAGAAUCAGAGCAAAGAGCUUGAGUUAAAUGCAUUAAGAGGGGAGAUCGCAUCCUUGAAAAAGGUGCUGGAGGAAUAUAAGCGGAAGUACAGUGAGGUUUUGGAGCGACUGAAUGAACGAAAUAGGCAAUAUCAGAAGCUGCAGGGACUUCUCGACUCACUACGGAUGCACACGCUGGGAACGGAAGAGAAAGAUCCCAUUUCACACCCUUUCACUACAGGUUUGGUCAAAACACACUCUUCCCAUAGCAGUCCUUCAUUCCUGGGACCAGAAGGUGACAGGUUCUUCUCACUGGGGCCAGAAAACGCUAAAACUUUCUUCCAGUUCGGCACACCCACCCGAGAGAACCCAAUCUUUUAUCAAGAAAAACUAAGAACUGCCAAACUGAUUAGAGUAAGACUGGGAUUCCUUUUUUUAUUUUCACAACCCAAAUAUGAGACAGACCGCAGCACAAUCUUAACAAUGAUGCAUAUCAACAAGAGGAAAAUUAAAAAAGGGAAAUGA